UAUUGAAGGCUAUUAUCGUAAGUUAACUCUGUCUGAAAUUCAACGAGUUUGUGUGUGGGGGAGAGGAGCAGCGAGCAGAGUGUAUUCACGUGAAACACAGAUAGAGAGAGAGAGACAUAAAUCUUUUAGCAGUACUAAACCCCUUAACUAACAUUAUGUCUAAAUCUCUCUUCUCUUAUCUCAACCAAACACUAAAUAAAUCAAUCGAAAGAGCAGGAAGAUAAUGCAAGGAUCUGUACCUGAGUCUGAAUCCGAACCAGAAGAGUUUCAGAAUCAAUUCAAUGCCAUUCACUAGCAUGUCUUCCACCGUCCCUCCUCUUCUCUUCUUCCUCUUCAUUGUAAUCUUCAAUCUUUCUAUUUCCGCAAAGUCGUGGCCUUUAUCGCAAGAAAACAAGAUCCAAGAACAAGACAAAGACCCAUUCGUCGGAUUCAACAUCGGCACCGACGUCUCCUCGCUCCUCCCUCCUCCAGACCUCGUCAAGUUCCUCCAAACCCAGAAAAUAAACCACAUCCGUCUAUACGACGCCGAUCCGGAGCUCCUCAAAGCCCUGUCCAAAACCAAGAUACGCGUCAUCAUCAGCGUCCCCAACAACCAGCUCCUCGCCAUCGGAUCCUCCAACGCCACCGCCGCGUCGUGGAUCGGCCGCAACGUGGUCGCUUACUACCCCGAGACGCUUAUCACAGCCAUCUCCGUCGGAGACGAGGUCUUAACCACCGUCCCGUCUUCCGCUCCCUUGCUCUUACCAGCCAUUGAGUCUUUAUACAACGCUCUCGUGGCCUCGAACCUCCACACUCAGAUCAAAGUCUCCACACCUCACGCAGCCUCCAUCAUGAUGGAUACUUUCCCUCCUUCGCAAGCUUACUUUAACCAGACGUGGCUCUCGGUUAUCUCCCCCUUGCUUCGGUUCUUGUCCAAAACCGGCUCUCCUCUGAUGAUGAAUCUCUAUCCUUACUACGUCUAUAUGCAGAACAAAGGCGUUGUUCCGUUAGAUAACUGUUUGUUCGAGCCGUUGACUCCUGCUAAAGAGAUGGUUGACCCCAACACGUUGCUGCAUUACACCAACGUCCUUGACGCUAUGGUGGAUGCAGCUUAUGUAUCCAUGAAGAACCUGAAUAUUUCUGAUGUGGCUGUGCUCGUGACCGAGACCGGGUGGCCUUCUCAAGGCGAUAAAAUGGAGCCGCACGCUACCAUCGAUAACGCUGAUACUUACACCUCCAAUUUGAUCAAACAUGUUUUUGACAGAACGGGGACGCCUCUGCGCCCCGAGGUGACGCCGAGUGUGUACAUCUACGAGCUGUUUAACGAGGAUAAGAGGGCGCCUCCGGUUAGCGAAGCUAGCUGGGGGUUGUUCUACGGGAACACUACUCCGGUUUAUUUGCUUCAUGUCUCUGGAAGUGGGGCUUUCUUGGCGAAUGAUACGACGAACAAGACGUACUGUGUUGCUAUGGAUGGGGUUGAUGUGAAGACGCUUCAGGCUGCGUUGGAUUGGGCUUGUGGGCCGGGGAGAGCGAACUGUAGUGAGAUUCAGCCUGGGGAGAGUUGUUACCAGCCGAAUAAUGUGAAGGGGCAUGCUUCUUUUGCUUUUAAUAGUUAUUACCAGAAGGAAGGGAGAGCUUCUGGUUCUUGUGACUUCAAAGGUGUGGCUAUGAUCACUACUACAGACCCAAGUCAUGGAAGCUGCAUUUUCCCAGGAAGCAAGAAGGUUGGAAACCAGACACAGACGGUGGUGAAUUCGACUCAAGUUGCAGCUGGUGAAACCUCCUCAAGGAGUCUUCUCUCAAGAGGCUUCUGUGCGAGUAUUAUGAUUCUUGUAACUUGUGUUUUGUUACCCUUUUGGUGAUUUUUCAUUUUUUCUUUACCACGGUUGAGUUACAAUUCUAGGUUUUCAUAAACAAAUUGUAUUUUAAUCAAAAUUUUGUAAUUCGUUGUUUUGUUUGUGUAGUCCAUUUUAGUAGUCAGUCUCUUGUAGCUUUGUUGGGGGAAAUGUUUUGUGUAAAACCUGUCUUGGUAAAUGUUAUUGUUACAUGGCUGUGUUGAUGUAUUA